AUGGUGUUUAAUCACCGUGGGUACUACACAGAUCACCGUGGGUACUACACAGAUCACCGUGGGUACUACACAGAUCACCGUGGGUACUACACAGAUCACCGUGGGUACUACACAGAUCACCGUGGGUACUACACAGAUCACCGUGGGUACUACACAGAUCACCCUGGGUACUACACAACUCAACCUGGGUACUACACAAAUCACUGUGGGUACUACACAAAUCACCGUGGGUACUAUACAAAUCACCCUGGGUACUACACAAAUCACCCUGGGUACUACACAAAUCACCCUGGGUACUACACAAAUCACCGUGGGUACUACACAAAUCACUGUGGGUACUAUACAAAUCACCCUGGGUACUACACAAAUCACCCUGGGUACUACACAAAUCACCCUGGGUACUACACAAAUCACCGUGGGUACUACACAAAUCACUGUGGGUACUACACAGAUCAACCUGGGUACUAUACAAAUCACCCUGGGUACUACACAAAUCACCGUGGGUACUACACAAAUCACUGUGGGUACUACACAGAUCAACCUGGGUACUAUACAGAUCACCCUGGGUACUACACAGAUCACCGUGGGUACUACACAGAUCAACCUGGGUACUAUACAAAUCACCCUGGGUACUACACAGAUCACCCUGGGUACUACACAGAUCACCCUGGGUACUACACAAAUCACCGUGGGUACUACACAAGACAAACAGAGUCCAAAAGGAAUUUCUCAAUAAAUAUCUACAUUGCUUAUGAGGAGUAUUAUUGA